UGGUAGGAGAGUGAAAAAAACAUCUGCACAAUCUACCUCAACACAAUCGCCAUUAGCCUUCCUCCCUUUCCCUCGUAUCGGCUACAGCUAAGGGUGUAGAAUACAGUAUUAUGGAACACUACUAGUACUUGUACUCUGUAAGUACGAGUAGCCGGGAUUUGGUUUGGGUUCGUAUAAAUAUAUCGAGUAACUUGGAAUGUGUGCACGGCUAGCCGUUCCAUUACUUGCACGACAUGUUUCUAAUUUCAUGGAUAUUACCAGCAAUGGUUUCCGGCAGGAGUGACUAUUAUUCCGCGGUCUGAAUGGAACGCGCGGAAUGCCACGUCCGAUCUCACCCGUCUGGAUCUUCCGGUUCCGUAUAUGGUGUUCAGAAAUAGCUACACAUCAUCAUGUUUCACUCUGGCGUCCUGUAAAACCACUGUUGCUGAGAUUCAGAAUACGCACAUGGAAAACAAUUUUUUCGACAUACCAUACAAGAAGUGAAGAUCAUGAGUUUAUGUACGUUGCUGCCCGGGCGGCCAAUGGCUUACUUCACUGUGCAAUGGAGAAAACCUACAUUAACCAGUCAGCAGAUGAAGCUGUUAUUGCCUUUGACAUCAACCCCCUGAUCAAAGAUUUCAUAUUGAAUCCGGGUUUGCUGGGUCAACCGACAUUCUUGCUAUUUCCGACAACCACAAUGUAUCGGUCUCCUUCGACGUCUUCUAAUUCAAACAGCAGUUACAACACUGCCACCAAUGAUUCUUCACCAAUCAUAAUGGAACCGUCAGUGGCGAUUGUGUGCCUCAAGCGGCGCAACCAGCAAAAGAAACAAGAUUAUCGACCGGCUAUUCGCAAAAUGGUUCCCGAAAAUCUGAUUGGCUACUAUGAAAUUCCCCGGUGGUCUGUUGGAUUGCGCGACGUUUGCCUGGGAACGGGGCAGUAUGGAACGGUGUACAAAGGAGUCUUGCUGGACAACAAAUCACGCAAAGCGCAGCUGAGCCGAUUAUCCGAGAGCCGUUCGGUCGCGGUUAAGAUGAUGCGUGAACAGCAUCCCGAUGGGCACAUGCAUUCUGGCUUCCUUCAGGAAAUUGGCAUUCUGAUGAGAGUGGGCCGACAUGUGAAUAUCGUCAACUUAGAGGGUCUUGUUCUCAAAGGAAAGCUCCUCAUGAUAAUGGAAUACUGCGACCUGGGAUCUCUCGAAAGUUAUCUCCGAAAGAUAAGAGCGGAAGGGUGCGAUAUUCAGAGCAUUGACAUUACUGAGUUAAUCAGCAUUGCAUACCAAAUAAGCCGCGGAAUGGAAUUUCUCUCUUCGAAAAAUGUCAUUCACCGCGAUCUGGCGGCUAGAAAUAUCCUUCUGAAUGCUUCGAAAACUGUCAAAAUUGCCGAUUUCGGAAUGGCGAGAGAGCAACCUGAAUACAUCUUGGAAAGGGAAAAGGUUCCGCUCCCGGUUUGUUGGAUGGCACCCGAGUCUAUCAUUCCCGGCCGUGGUAUCUUUACUACGCUCAGUGAUGUGUGGUCAUUUGGUGUUGUUCUGUGGGAGAUAUUCUCUCUGGGCGGUGCUCCGUAUGCAAGCGAGUUUCCCACUGGGAUCUGGUAUUCACAGUUCUGUCUUUUCCUUCAAGAAGGUCAACGAUUACAUACGCCGGAAUUGUGCCCAGAGUCAAUUGCGACACUAAUGACUGCUUGCUGGCAUUUCCACGCUGAGGAUCGGCCGCAUUUUUCCAGUCUAAGGCAAAGUAUAGAAACACUGUUAUCGAUGGCGGAGCGGACGCGGUUCAUUGGUCCCGAUACGGAGAAUGAGACACUUAAUGACUGCCUCAACAUCCCAAUUAAUUGUUCCAGUCCAUCUGGAAUUGUUCCAGUUCCAGCUCAUUCUUCGCCCGGAUCUGACACUUCUAGUCAAAUUGUUGUAAUGAUUUAGCGAGACAUAAAAACGCAGCAUGUGCAUGAUGCCUAUAUUUUCAAGCGCUCGAAUAUGGCGGCUGUUCAUAAGUGAAGCGUAAAACUUCUCCUAACUAACGACAUACUAUUGCAAGUGCUUCAAUCCUAGGGUAGCCCA